UGAUUUAAAUACACGAUUUAUUCAUCUGCACUAUCGCGGAUUAAGAUAUAAAUCUGGGUCAAUGUGAGUUUACAAUUGCAAUUGUAAAUAUGGUAUAGAAAUGUACUGACUCGCAACUAACCUUUUACUACAAAACUACGGAAAUACGGUAUAACAAAUUUGAGACAUACUAUGGCUGACAAAAGGAGCGAGACUAACGAUGAAAAACCUAGAAUUCAACUAGGCAGGAAACAAUAUAAAGGGAUUUGGAUGUUUGACAAUGAAAUUGAACAAAUUGAAGUGAUGGAUACACGGGAAGAUGAUAUUUGGAUUUGUACUUUUCCAAGAUCAGGUACAACUCUUACGCAAGAAAUCGCCUUUCUUGUACAGACCCUGGACUUUGAUAGGGCAAAUACUGUUCAACUAGAUGAUAGAUUCCCUAUUAUAGAAGUAAAAGAUGACAGAUUUCCAUAUUAUCGAGGAAUAAAGUUUGUAGAAGAAAUGCGCUCCCCAAGAAUGAUUAAAUGUCAUUUACAUCAUUUUAUGCUCCCGGAACAGCUACAAAAAGGGAAAGGGCGGAUUAUCUAUGUUGCACGGAACCCAAAAGAUAUUGUGACGUCAUUUUUUCGGCUUAUGCAAUGGGGUGAUGGGUUGAACGAGACUGAUGGGACAUGGGAUUUAUUCGUUGAUGCUUUUGUCAGUGGAACAGGACAUAAUGGUUCAUGGUCACGGCAUGUUUUAGAAUUUUGGCAGAGACGCAAUGACCCAAAUGUUCUCUUUCUGAAAUAUGAAGACAUAGUCAAGGAUAUGCCAAAAGCUGUAAGAAGAAUCGCUGACUUUUUAAAACGACAAAUCACUGAUGAUGAUGUUGCUAGAAUAUGUGAACAUUGUCAUGUGGACAACAUGCGAAAAAAUGACAAAGUAAACAUGUCAUACUGGAGAGAUGUUAAGAAGGUCUAUGACAACCUCGAUGGUGGAUUUAUUAACAAAGGAAAAGCUGGGGCAUGGAAAGAUUUACUCACUCCUGAUAAAGUAGAAAAGAUCAACGGGUUGUUAAAAGAAAUUGAGGGAUCCGGUCUUACCUUUGAUGAAGAAUAGACGGUGAUAUUCAAACACAACAACCUUUACACAUACAAAUCAGGACUACUUCCUAAGUGUCAUUGCUUAGAACAGCUUCUUUUUCACAAUACUAAGUCUGGUUCCCUGCCUACAUUUACUACGGAAAGUACUGGAGUUUCUUCCCCUCAUACUACGUAGGCAGGGAACCAGACUUAUGUAGUAUAAGCGGAAGGAACUCCAGACUACACAAUACCCAGCUAUACACGUUUGACCGCAACUAUGAGGGUUGAUCAAAAAGUUGACUUUAGUUUGUUCUUUUAAUUUUUACUAAUAAACAAACAAAAUGUCCAGUUAUGUCAAAUAAUUAUAUUAAAAGUUUAACUAUUAUACCACAACACUGCCACGAUUUGAUAAACCCUUUAUGUAAGCUUAUUUUCGCA